GUGCUCAGCAAAGGCUCCUUCCCCCUGAAGGAGCCUCUGCUAGCCACACCCACCAUUUCUCUGGACUAACCAAUGGUAAUCAAGGGAAGUGCAGGCCAUCGCUAUGACCACAUCCUGUGUAAUGGGACACCAGCUCGCACCUGGCCAAUGGGGGGGGGGGGACAGCCCCCUCUCCCGCCCCUACUCCAACCCUCUAUAAAACCCCUGGUUCGAUCAGACUGCUUUCUCUUUGCCACCUGCUGCUGCGUCAGUAAGGAAGGUUGGAGAGCCAAGCCCGGGCUUGAAAUAAAAGACUCUUUGCUUUUGCAUCGGACUGGCUGACUCCCUGGUGGCUUCUUGGGAAUCUUGAAAUCUGGGCAUAACAUCCCUCUUGCACAUUUUAGUCUUUCUAGGGCCCCAGAUGUACUGGUUAGAAUUGGAAAAAGCCCAGACUGCAUUCAUAGGAGAUGAUCUCUGUGCAAGAGUUGCAGAAGAUGAUUAACUUCCAGGGAUCAGUGACAUUCCGGGAUGUGGCUGUGGACUUCACCUCAGAGGAGUGGCAGCUGCUUGACUGUGAUCAGAGGACAUUAUAUUGGGAUGUGAUGUUGGAGAACUUUAGAAACCUCAUCUCAGUGGGGGGUGCAGUUACCAAAACAAAAGUGAUCGUCAAGAUGCAGCAAGGACAAGAGCUGCAGGUGGUGGAGGGAGAGAACCCACAUUGGAGCCACCCAGAAGCUGACUGCCCAUUUAUUGAUGAAUCAGAGAAGCACCAGGAAAGCGAAGACAAUUUUUUGAAUUCAGUUUUGUUCACAUUCAGUAAAAUUCUGACUAUGGAGAGACUCCAUAGUUAUAAUAUGAGCACAGAUCAUAUUGGAAAAAAUCAUAUAAAUGCAAGAAAAAUAUCAUAUAAAGGCAAAUCACAUGGGAAGAGUUUGCAACCUACUUUAGACUUACUUAAUUAUAAUAGACGUUAUAAUGGAGAAAACCCUUAUGAAUGCAAGGACUGUGGGAAAGUCUUCAAAAAGAAGUUUCAUUUAAUUAGACAUGAAAAAAAUCAUACAAGAAAAAAACCCUUUGAAUGCAAUGACUGUGGGAAAGCCUAUAGCAGGAAGGCACACCUUGCAACUCACCAGAAAAUUCAUAAUGGAGAGAGACCCUUUGUGUGCAUUGAUUGUGGGAAAGCUUUUAUGCAUAAAACACAGCUCAUGGUCCACCAGAGACUUCACACUGGAGAGAAACCUUAUGAAUGCAGUCAAUGUGGGAAAUCAUUCACGUGGAACUCCUCCUUUACUCAACAUGUGAAAUCUCAUACACUGGAGAACUCAUUUGAAUGUAAGGAAUGUGGGAAAACCUUCAGGUAUAGUUCAUCCCUUUAUAAACACUCUAGAUUUCAUACAGGAGAGAAACCCUACCAUUGUAUUAUAUGCGGCAAAGCCUUUGGCAACACAUCUGUGCUUGUUACGCAUCAAAGAAUUCACACAGGAGAAAAACCUUAUGGAUGUAUUGAAUGUGGCAAAGCCUUCAUCAAGAAGUCUCAUCUCCUUAGACAUCAGAUAACUCACACAGGAGAAAAGCCCUAUGAAUGUAACAAAUGUGGGAAAACAUUUUCCCAGAAGUCAAACCUUAUUGUGCAUCAAAAAAUUCAUAUGUAAUAUUUACCUUAUGAAUAUGAGAAAGUCUUAGAUAUUAAAUGUCUUUAUUAAAUACAGAUUUCAUGGUGAGAAAUCUAAGAAUUAGAAUGAAUUUGGAAAGAGUAGAUUUCCAUAAAAAGAUAAUCCCAAUCAUGUUCUGGAAGUGAUAAUAAACUAUUUACAGAAAAGAUCACAGAAAUCAUUAAAUCAUAAGUAAUAGAGCAUAGAGCACCGAAAGUAAGCAUAAAUUAAAUAAUCAAGGAAUCAGUGAAGACUACAUUUACUAUCCCUGAUUGUUUUUUUUUUUAAAUAUAUUUAUUGAUUUUUUACAGAGAGGAAGGGAGAGGGAUAGAGAGUUAGAAACGUCAAUG